GGCAUUUGAGAACAACCUUUUUCGUGCUCCAAUUUAUCUGCAUAAGAUGCCAGAGUCUGACUUCCUGAUCAUUCGAACAAGGCAGGGUUACUAUAUUCGAGAAUUAGUGGAUAUUUUUGUUGUGGGACAACAGUGUCCCUUGUUUGAAGUUCCUGGUCCUAACUCCAAAAGGGCUAAUACACACAUCCGAGACUUUCUGCAGGUUUUUAUUUACCGGCUCUUUUGGAAGAGUAAAGAUAGGCCACGGCGGAUACGGAUGGAAGAUAUAAAGAAAGCCUUUCCUUCACAUUCUGAAAGUAGCAUCCGGAAGAGGCUAAAGCUCUGUGCCGACUUCAAACGUACAGGGAUGGAUUCAAACUGGUGGGUGCUGAAGUCUGAUUUUCGUUUACCAACGGAAGAGGAGAUCAGAGCUAUGGUAUCUCCAGAACAGUGCUGUGCUUAUUACAGCAUGAUAGCUGCAGAACAGAGACUAAAGGAUGCUGGCUAUGGAGAGAAGUCCUUUUUUGCUCCUGAGGAAGAAAAUGAAGAAGAUUUCCAGAUGAAGAUUGAUGAUGAAGUUCGUACUGCUCCUUGGAAUACUACAAGGGCUUUCAUUGCUGCCAUGAAGGGCAAAUGUCUCCUGGAGGUGACUGGAGUAGCAGAUCCUACAGGCUGUGGUGAAGGGUUCUCCUAUGUAAAGAUUCCAAACAAACCGACACAGCAGAAGGAUGAUAAGGAGCCUCAGCCAGUGAAAAAGACAGUCACAGGAACAGAUGCAGACCUUCGUCGCCUGUCUCUGAAAAAUGCCAAGCAACUUCUUCGUAAAUUUGGUGUGCCUGAGGAAGAGAUUAAAAAGUUGUCCCGCUGGGAAGUUAUUGAUGUGGUACGCACAAUGUCAACAGAGCAGGCUCGCUCUGGAGAGGGGCCCAUGAGUAAAUUUGCCCGUGGAUCAAGGUUUUCAGUGGCUGAGCAUCAAGAACGUUACAAAGAGGAAUGUCAGCGCAUCUUUGACCUACAGAACAAGGUUUUGUCAUCAACAGAGGUCUUAUCAACUGACACAGAUAGCAGCUCAGCUGAAGACAGUGACUUUGAAGAAAUGGGAAAGAACAUUGAGAAUAUGCUGCAGAAUAAGAAAACAAGCUCUCAGCUGUCUCGGGAACGGGAGGAGCAGGAACGGAAGGAACUCCAGCGGAUGCUACUGGCAGCGGGCUCAGCAGCAGGAGGAAACAAUCACAGAGAUGAUGACACAGCUUCGGUGACUAGCCUUAACUCUUCUGCCACUGGCCGCUGUCUCAAGAUUUAUCGAACAUUCCGAGAUGAGGAGGGGAAGGAGUAUGUUCGUUGUGAGACAGUCCGGAAAGCAGCUGUUAUUGAUGCUUAUGUACGCAUACGGACCACAAAAGAUGAAGAGUUCAUUCGAAAAUUUGCCCUUUUUGAUGAGCAACACCGAGAAGAGAUGAGAAAAGAACGGCGCAGGAUUCAAGAGCAAUUGAGGAGACUUAAACGGAACCAGGAAAAGGAAAAGCUGAAGGGUCCUCCCGAGAAAAAGCCCAAAAAAAUGAAGGAACGUCCUGACUUAAAACUGAAAUGUGGAGCAUGUGGUGCCAUCGGGCACAUGAGGACAAAUAAAUUCUGCCCCCUUUAUUAUCAAACAAAUGCCCCACCUUCUAACCCUGUUGCCAUGACAGAGGAACAAGAGGAAGAGCUGGAAAAGACAGUCAUUCCUAAUGAUAAUGAAGAACUUAUCAAGGUUGAAGGGACCAAGAUUGUUUUGGGCAAACAGCUAAUUGAGAGUGCGGAUGAAGUUCGAAGAAAAUCUCUGGUCCUGAAAUUCCCUAAACAACAACUUCCUCCCAAGAAAAAACGGCGGGUUGGAACCACUGUUCACUGUGACUAUUUGAAUAGACCUCAUAAAUCCAUCCACCGGCGCCGGACAGACCCGAUGGUGACACUGUCUUCUAUCUUGGAGUCUAUUAUCAAUGACAUGAGAGAUCUUCCAAAUACAUACCCUUUCCAUACUCCAGUUAAUGCAAAGGUUGUAAAGGAUUACUACAAAAUCAUCACCCGGCCAAUGGAUCUACAGACACUCCGUGAAAAUGUACGCAAACGCCUUUAUCCAUCUCGGGAAGAAUUCAGAGAACAUUUGGAACUAAUUGUGAAAAAUAGUGCAACUUAUAAUGGGCCAAAACACUCACUGACUCAGAUUUCUCAAUCCAUGUUGGAUCUCUGUGAUGAAAAACUCAAAGAGAAAGAGGAUAAGUUGGCACGUUUAGAGAAAGCUAUUAACCCCUUGCUUGACGAUGAUGAUCAAGUAGCAUUUUCUUUUAUUCUGGACAACAUUGUCACUCAGAAAAUGAUGGCAGUUCCAGAUUCUUGGCCGUUUCAUCACCCAGUUAAUAAGAAGUUUGUUCCAGAUUAUUACAAAGUGAUUGUCAGUCCAAUGGAUUUGGAGACUAUACGUAAGAAUAUCUCCAAGCACAAAUAUCAGAGUCGAGAGAGCUUUCUAGACGAUGUAAACCUGAUUCUAGCCAACAGUGUUAAGUACAAUGGGUCUGAGAGUCAGUAUACUAAGACUGCUCAGGAGAUUGUGAAUGUUUGUCACCAGACAUUAACUGAGUAUGAUGAACAUUUGACUCAACUUGAGAAAGAUAUCUGUACAGCUAAAGAAGCAGCUCUGGAGGAAGCAGAAUUAGAAAGUCUGGACCCAAUGACUCCAGGACCUUAUACACCUCAGCCUCCUGAUUUGUAUGAUAACAGCACAUCCCUCAGUGUUUCUCGAGAUGCUUCUGUAUAUCAAGAUGAGAGCAAUCUGUCUGUCUUGGAUAUUCCCAGUUCUACUUCAGAAAAGCAGCUAACACAGGAAGGUGGAGAGGGAGAUGGUGAUCUUGCGGAUGAAGAGGAAGGAACUGUACAACAGCCCCAAGCCAGUGUCCUGUAUGAGGAUUUGCUUAUGUCUGAAGGUGAAGAUGAUGAGGAAGAUGCUGGGAGUGAUGAAGAAGGAGAUAACCCUUUCUCUGCUAUUCAGCUAAGUGAAAGUGGAAGUGACUCUGAUGUGGAAUCUGGCACUCUAAGACCCAAACAGCCUCACAUGCUUCAAGAGAAUACAAGGAUGGGCAUGGAAAAUGAAGAAAGCAUGAUGUCCUAUGAGGGAGAUGGUGGGGAGGCUUCCCGUGGUUUGGAGGAUAGCAACAUCAGUUAUGGGAGCUAUGAGGAGCCUGAUCCCAAGUCAAAUACUCAGGAUACAAGCUUCAGCAGCAUCGGUGGGUAUGAGGUAUCAGAGGAGGAAGAAGAUGAGGAAGAGCAGCGCUCUGGACCCAGUGUACUAAGCCAGGUCCAACUCUCAGAAGACGAAGAGGACAGUGAGGAUUUCCACUCCAUUGCUGGAGAGACUGACUUGGACUCUGAUGAAUGAGGCUUCCUUUAAGCCUCUUCAGUCAGCCUAGGUCUAUUACCUUUCCCCCAGCUCGUUUAUGUGUGUAUAGUAGCUAAUAAGGAUAGUACUAAAUUAACACCUUAGUUUUAGUAGUAAGUAAAAUAGUAAUUAUUUCUCUAGAUCAUAUAGUAGCAAGUUCUUUUCCCUAACCAGUACCAAGAAGAGAGAGCAGACUCACGCUUCCUCAUUACACUCCUUUAAUGGCAUUUAUUGCUCUUGUAUAAACAUGCCUCCAUUUUACUUUCUAAUUGGCAGACUGGAACAGAUGAAAACCCCUCUGCUGGAUUAGAGAAUUAGGUCCUGGCUGGCUCUGUGCCACACUUAAAAUAUAAUCCUGUUAGACAAACUGGUUGUUCAUGUAUGACUUACUUAGAUAAGCAAUGCCAUGUUACAGGGAUGGAGCUAUAAGUCUCUGAGACAGUCUCUGUAUCCAAAUGAUAGGUGAACAUGUAAAUGUGCUUUCUCCCACCCUUGAAGUGCUUACUUCCUUACGGCAAAGACUAUCAUUUGUUUUGUUUUAUGCUUAGGAUAUGGUUUUAUGCAAAGUAGCUACUCAGUAGAUGUUCUUAAAGUCACAAAAUCCCAACAGAUAUGUCACUGUGUAUCUGGUUCAUGUUUAUCAGAUCUUUGGAGUGCAAAGGUUACAAAUAAGAGCUUGCCAUCAAGUUGGGGCAGUGAAACUGGAAUUCAGACAAUGUUAAUAAAUCAUAGAACUCUAAGUACAAUUAAGAAGCUAGCUGGAAAGUACAAAGAAAAAAUUAGAAGAAGUCAUAUAUGGAAAAGCAGAGAAGUCUUCCAGAGGCCACCUGAAAGCUGAUUGUUGAGAAGCUAUAGAGUACCAUCUCAAAAAGUUGAGGCAGAGUGUUAACAUGAAGGAAAAGUUCCCAGUCUAGAUAUGACAGAAUGUAUUCCUUGUUUGUACCUGCCUUGUUUCAGAAAGGAAAGGAUACUGGAGUGACUAGACAUGACACUGAAAGACAGACAGGAAGCAUAUCUUCAAGAGCUUUGCAUGAGCUAGGCAUGGUGGCACACACCUUUAAUCCCAGCACUCAGGAGGCAGAGGCAGAUGAAUUGAGUUUGAGGCCAGCCUGGUCUACAGAGUGAGUUCCAGGACAACAACCAGGGCUGUAAAACAGAGAAACCCUGUCUCAGAAAACCAAAAGAGAGAAAUAGAGAAAUAGAGAAAAAGAGAUUUGCAUUUCAUACUAGUGAGUAAAUGUUAUGUUUAAGAAAAUAAAGUUGAGGAGUGUAUUAGAUUUGUUUUAAGAAAUUUUCAGAAUGUUGAAUGAGGAUCGAAAUUGAGUCAAAUAAUAGACAUGUAUGAUACAAUUUGUGUAAGAGUCAAAAAUUGAGUAUAUAUGAUAUGUUUGUAUAUACUUCUAUGUGCAAAGGAAAAGAUAUGAAAGAAUAUACAUUAAAGGGUUAGUGAUAACCUCUGAGGGAUGAGAAUGAAGAGGAGGUGGUUUAUUUGGUUUAUAUACAGUAGAUAAGUGUUAUGCUGUUAUUUCUGUAUCUCAAUUUUAUAAUGUGUUUUAUUUUUUGUAAUAAAACAUUAAUUUAAUAGCAA